AUGACGAAAGUGAAUGCUCAAAUGGCCACUGUAGUAACUGCCACGGUGGUUCACAUUCUGCCUGUUCAUCUGACAACGACUGUACAAGCCACUGUAGCGGAGGAAAACAUCCAUACUGCUUACAUUUUUUUGGAUCCCGUUGCCAAUGCGUUGUUGACUGGAUGGUACUGUACAGAUGAUAGUCAUUGCAGCUGUCCAUCUGGUCAGAAGGGAAAAUGCCAUAAGGAAGUCACCUUUAACAAUUUCCAUAUCAGUAGUCAUUUCUGCGAAUGCCAGGCUCCAAGUACCACUUCUACCACUACAACUACCACUACUACUUUACCAUUGGUACCACUGGCUUGUAGAGAUAUAAAAAUCAGUGUUAUCGAAUCCAUCGCAGAAAAUAUUCAUGUGGAGGACAGCAGAGCAUCACUCUGUCCCAGUAAUAAUAAACACCAAUCGUCUGAGGCCUACGUCAUCCACAAAUGUAACUCUACAGAAAGAAGCUCCUGGACGCGAGGUUUGUCGGUGAAAUCUGGAUGUAAGUCUAUACCUGCUUACACGCCUAUUUCAACAUUUUCUGGCAACAACAACGAUAUGGCGGGCUUUUUUGUCCAAUGCACUGACUCUGGCCAUGGGUUGAAGAUUGCAGCUCAGACUUGCUCUCAUGCCCCCAUGAUCCUCACAUUGAACGAUACCACUACUCCCCGGAUGUCGGAUUUCUUCACCAUUUUUCAACACGUGUAACAUCAUUGCAAUUGUACGAUUACACAAAAUAAACUAAACAUAUAUUGAUAA